AUGGACGCCGCCAUGGGCCACGGAGCCCAGCUCCUCACCGUUGCCAACGACAUAUACCGCCGCGCCAACGAGACAGACACGAACAAGACGGCGACGGAGACGAGGCCCCCAGUGUACAAGGUGAUUGGCAUAUCACUUGCCGUCGCCUCGGGCCUGUUCAUCGGUGUAUCCUUCGUCCUCAAGAAGGUCGGCCUGCUCAAAGCCAACGAGAAAUACAACGAGGCUGCCGGCGAGGGCUACGGCUACCUCAAGAACUUCCACUGGUGGGCCGGCAUGACGCUGAUGAUUCUUGGCGAGAUUUGUAAUUUCGUCGCCUACUCCUUCACCGACGCCAUCCUGGUCACGCCUCUGGGCGCCCUGUCCGUCGUCAUCACGACCAUCCUGUCGGCCAUCUUCCUCAAGGAGCGGCUCAGCAUGGUCGGCAAGGUCGCCUGCUUCCUGUGCAUCGUCGGGUCCGUCGUCAUUGUUAUGAACGCCCCGCACGAGUCGGCCGUCGACAACAUCCAGCAGAUGCAAAAGUUUGUCAUCACCCCGGGCUUCCUCACCUACACGGGCCUCAUCAUCGUCGGCGCGCUGAUCGCUGCCUUCUACGCCGGCCCGCGGUGGGGCAAGAAGAACAUGCUGGUCUACAUCUCCAUCUGCAGCUGGAUCGGCGGCUUGAGCGUCGUGUGCACCCAGGGCCUCGGUGCCGCCAUUCUCGCCCAGAUCAGGGGCAUUCCCCAGUUCAACCAGUGGUUCAUGUAUGUCCUGCUGGUCUUUGUCAUCGGCACCCUGCUUACCGAAAUCAUUUACCUUAAUAAAGCACUCAACCUCUUCAACGCCGCCUUAGUCACCCCUACCUACUACGUCUACUUCACCAGCACGACCAUCAUCACCUCGACCAUCCUGUUUCAGGGGUUCAAGGGCACGGCGCAGAACAUAGUAACGGUCGUCAUGGGCUUCCUGACCAUCUGCGCGGGCGUCGUCCUGCUGCAGCUGUCCAAGUCGGCCAAGGACGUGCCCGACUCGGCCGUCUUCUCGGGCGACCUGGACCAGAUCCACACCAUCGCCGAGCAGGAGCAGCCCGAGACGGAGCCCAAGGCCGACGCCAUCCGCGGCGCCGCCGCCAUCGUGCGCCGCUUCUCGGUCGCGCGCCAGAAGAUGGAGGUCGAGGAGCUCAAGCGCCUGCACGAGGAGAAGAUGCAGGAGCGCCUGACGCCCGUCAGCGAGAACGGCCCGCAGUACGAGUGGGACGGCCUGCGGCGGCGCCGGACCAUGAUCGGCAGCCAGCGCUCGCGGGCUAUGACCUCGCCGACGACGGGCCAGCCGCCGUUUACGCCGCCCGGCACGGCGCAGACCAACCAGACGCACCCGCCGCUCGGGUGGACGCACUUCCCGACCGACGAGGAGAUCGCCGAGCGCGAGGGCAGCAGCACGCCCGGCAUCCUCUCGAGCAUCGCCGGCACCAUCCGCAGCCGGGCCAAGAGCGUCGUCCUGCCGGGCCACCCGGAGUACCGGCCGUCGUCGUCCAGCGACCCCAAGGUGCAGAGCCCCAUGCACCCCGUGCAGCUGACCGAGAUCAACGUGCCGGCGGGCGGCGGCAGAGACCAGCGGCAGCAGCAACAACAGCAACAGCAAGGCGGCGGCACGACUUACUAUAGUAGUAGUGGUGGUGGUGGCCGGCACCCGUACGGCGUGCCGGCGGACAGCAAGACCGAGUACGAGGGCAGCCAGGCUAGCAUCCCGUCGAGCAGCGGGCGGCGCGUGCAGUUUGGCGGGGACAACCGGCAGGCGUCGCAGAGCAGCUCGUCGCUGGCGGUGCCGCCCACGCCGCCGCCGCACUCGGCGCGACGGCAGUUCUCGUUCCAGAACGUCUUCCGGCGGCACCAGAACCAGCAGCAGCAGCAGGGGCAGGGGCAGCAGCACGACGGGGCGCAGGAUGCUCACCAGCGGCCGCGCGUGGCGUCGAGGGGCUACUCGAGUCCGCAGGUCAAGGACGCGACGGAGGAGGAGAGGCUCGGUCUGGUCAAGGGCGACUCGCAGAGCCUGCCGGCGCUGCCGCGGUACGGGGACGACGGCAGGCGGAUCUCGCUGCCCAUGUAUGAGAGCGAGAGCGACGAGGACCCGUAUGACCUUGGCGGUGGCGGGGGCGCGACGUACACGGACGAUAAGCAGGCGCGGUAUGGGCGGGGGAUCACGGAUUCGCCGCCCCGUGGCGGAGGGGGCAACCAGAGGGAUGGGAUGGGGCGGCGGGCUUAUGAUGAGGGGGAUGUGGAGGACGAGAAGGAGUGGGAGGCUGAGAGGACGGGGAGGGGGAGGGGGAGGGGGAGGUCGUCUCCUGAUGAGGCGUCGUCGACGGGGCAGAGCGGUGGUGGUGGUGGCGGAGGGAGGAGGGGGUCUUCGCCUCCGCCGCCGCCGCCGAAGCAUAGUCCUCCUCGAGGGGGGACGGGGGCGUUUAUAUGA